UUCUGCAUGAAAUUAUGAACGUGGAAAAUGCAUAUAAAAAGGUGAAAGGUAACAUAGAAAGAUUGUUUGAAAAGAAUCUUACUGAUUUAAUUCGCGGUAUCAGAAAUAAUCGAGAGAAUGAAGUUAAAUAUAUUACACAAUGCAUUGAUGAGAUAAAGUUGGAACUUAAGCAAGAUAAUUUAUCAGUAAAGUCAAAUGCGAUUCUAAAAUUAAUAUAUUUAGAGAUGCUUGGUUAUAACAUCCAUUGGGCAGCAUUUAAUAUAAUUGAAGUCAUGAGUUCUACCAAAUUCACCCAUAAAAGAAUAGGAUAUUUAUCUGCAGCCCAGUCUUUUAAUCCUGAUAUUGAUGUACUAAUGCUUACCACAAAUUUAAUUAAAAAGGAUAUUAAUAGCAGUAACCAAUAUGAAGCUGCAAUAGCUUUAAAUGGAUUAUCUUGUUUUAUAACCUCUGAUUUAGCAAGAGAUUUAGCGCAUGAUAUUACUAGUCUUAUGUCUUCAACAAAACCUUAUAUUCGUAAAAGGGCUAUUUUGAUGAUGUAUAAAAUUUUUCUUAAUUAUCCAGAAGCAUUAGAUUCUGCUUUUGCCAAGAUGAGAGAGAAAUUAGAAGAUCCUGAUCAAAGUGUUCAAUCAGCCGUUGUUAAUGUUAUCUGUGAAAUGGCCAGAAGAAAUCCAAAAAAUUAUUUAAGUUUAGCUCCCAUUUUCUUCAAACUUAUGACCAAUUCUACCAACAACUGGAUGCUGAUUAAAAUUAUCAAAUUGUUUGGCACUUUGACUCCCAUUGAACCAAGGCUGGGAAAACGAUUGAUGGAGCCUCUUACCAAUUUGAUACACAGCACAUCAGCCAUGUCAUUAUUAUACGAAUGCAUUAAUACCCUUUUAGCAGUAUUAGUUAGUAUAUCUUCCGGACAACCCAACCAUUCUGCCUCCAUCCAACUUUGCCUCCAAAAACUACGCAUUUUGAUUGAAGAUAGUGACCAAAAUCUCAAAUAUCUGGGACUUUUAGCAAUGGCAAAAAUCCUAAAAUCCUACCCUAAAAAUGUUCAAGCACACAAGGAUAUCGUGUUAAAGUGUUUAGACGAUAAAGACGAUUCUAUUCGAAUAAGGGCGCUGCAUUUAUUAUACGGCAUGGUAAAUAAGAAAAAUUUGGUGGACAUAAGCAAAACAUUACUUACUCACCUGUGUACUAAUGAAGGACCGCAAUCUUACAAGGAUGAUCUCCUGAAAAAUAUAAUCAACGUUUGUAAUCAGAACAAUUAUCAAUACAUCACCGAUUUUGAAUGGUACCUCAACGUUUUAAUAGAGUUUAGUAAAUUGGAUACUCCCAAAAACAUCGAUCUAAUCGCCUCACAAUUGCUUGACGUCACUAUUAGAGUGCCAUCUCUUAGAAAAUUUUCUGUCAAUCAAAUGGAAAAGUUAUUGGACAAUUCUCAUCUCUUUUCUAACAAAGGAACGCAUAAAAGAAUGUCCGAAUUAUUAUAUGUCGUGGCUUACAUUUGCGGAGAAUAUUCUCAAUAUAUCGAAAACCCUGAAUUAGCCCUCAAAAACAUGAUAGACCCGAGGGUUCUUUUGCUCACUCAUCCCGUCCAAGCUGUUUUUUUGCUAAACGCUAUCAAAGUUUAUGGUAGGAUUUUUAAAUCCACGCUGGAAAAUAUUAACCCCCUCCAAAAAGGGGAGUACCAAAAUCUGGAAUCAUCCAAUAACGAUUUUAUGACCGACCUCAACGGUAAAGAUAAUGACGAACCAAGGUGGUCGGUUUUGUCGAGCUUUGGCCGAGACGCCGCGAAAAAAUUAGAACAUUUUUCCCAAAGCAAUAGCGUAGAAGUCCAAGAGAGAGCUCUUUCCUUUAUGCGCAUAUUACAAUACAUCCAACGAUGUGUGGAAGAUAAAAACGUUAGAUUAUCGGACGGUGACUUAAUUUCAAAUUUAUUUAAAGGUGAUAUGAACCCGGUGGCUCUCAAGGCUCAAAAGAAAGUUCCUAUUCCAGAAGGACUGGACUUGGAGGCCCCUAUUAAUCCCGACUUUCAAACCAUCUUAUCGAAAAAGUCUGGCGACGGCAAUUGGAAUGCUUAUAAGAAUCUCGAUAUAUUUGCCGUCGGGAUAAUGCCCAAGGUCAGCGAUGAUAAGGCCUAUUCUUUCUCCAAUUUUUCGACUUCUUCCCGUUCCGAGAGUUCUAACGACGAAAGCAACGUCAAUGAUAUUAGCGUAGCAGAUGGCGCUCUUUCUACCGAUAUGCCCAAGACUAAAAUCAAGAAGAGGAAAAAAUUGCCCAAUGAAAAGCAUUCGAAAAUGGAUGACAAGGAAGCUAAUCACAAAGAAAUGGCCAAAGUAAGAAAAGCAAGACUGGAGGAACAAGCCAACAAUCCUCACUAUUUAAAAAGCAAACCGAUUUCUAAUGAUAAACUAAAGAUAGUGGAUAAUCAUACCGAUAUACACGAUGCUUACGAUGUGUUAAAUGGGCUUGAUUACAUAGGAGAUGAAAAUGAAGACCCUAUCCUUAAUCUCCGAAAGUUAUCGAUCACGAAUAAAUCUCACGGUAAUUUUGAUGGACAGAAAAUCCAAAAAGCGGAUUAUAACGGCACUGACACUCACAAAGUUGAAAUUUUGGAUUACGAAUUACCUGAGAAUGCCCUAUCAUCACCUCACUCAUCCGAAGACCGCGAGAAUAAAUACAUAAAUCGCAAGAAGAAAGCCCAUAAAGAAGCUAAGAAUAGCAGCGUUUCCGAAAAGAUUUUAAAUCAGGCGGCAGAAAAAUUUGAACAUCAGCAGCUUAAAAACGAUUCGACCAAAAAAUCCUCUCCCAAAAAACGACACAAGGAAAAGAAGGGGAAAAGUAGCAAAGACGUCAUGAAGGAAAAGAAAAUUGACGGUAAUAGUCCAUCCAAGACAAACGAGCUCUUAUUAAUAUACGACCAUGCCGACGGGGAGGUAGAUUUUGAUGGCAGUGUUGAUAAUACUAAAACCGUACCCUUAAAAGAAGAGAAGCGGUUGGAAGAUUUAGAUUUCUGGUUAUCUCCAACGCGUUACACUUCUAAUAUAGAUGAUCAGAACAUGCUUAAUGUUUCCAACGAUACGGAAAUGAUUCCUUCAUUAAACCAUCAUAAAAAGCAUAAGAAAAAAUCAUCCAAAUCUAACUUUAAAGAUCAGAUCUCGGCUAAUAAUGAUAUGAUCGAUAUUUUAGACGGGGACCAUAAUAAUGACAUACAAAAAUCUAAACUCGAAAUUGGUAAAGAAAUUCCACGGUACAAAUCUUUGAUCAAAGACGAAAAUCUAAAAUUGACUUACUCAACCUUCCCAGAAUUGAAAUCGAUUUCGUUAUCUUCUUUACCUCCCCGAUUGCUCGUUCGUUUUCUCGCUUCUAAUCAUUCUCCCGCUCGUUCCUUACUCAAAAACCUCGAAAUUUCGGUGCGUCGCGAUGAUUCUACAUAUUCUACACUUAGCGGAUCCGCGACACUUCCCCCUUCUCAAACAACUCCCUUUGAAAUGAACUUCGAACUACCUUUCGCAGUCGCCGUGAGGGAUGGUGGAUUUAAGAUAUCUGAUAUCAAAGAUAAAUAUUCCCACCUGGACCGAAUAUUUGAAUCCGAAACGAGUCAUGAUUUUAACAGUCACGCGAUGGGCGAUAUGAAGACUAUUAGCAACGUCUCACCAAAAUUAGCCUUGAAAGGGUGCAUAACGUAUAUAAGCGUAAAUGGGGAAACAUCUUUAUCUCACAAAUUAGAUUUUAAAUUAAAUCUUCCGACGUCCGAUUUCGUUAUGAGUUGCCCUAUUUCAAACUCUCAAUUUUCUCAACAAUUAAUGGAUCUCGGGACUAAGCAAGAUUUGGAAUGCCAAUUGACUUUUCGCGUGAACACGAAGCUCGAAGCCUUAUUUUCUCAAAUAAUAAAAAUUUUAACUACUAGAUUUCAUUUUUACAUGGUUGAAAAGAUCGAUGGCAACCCCCGACAAAUAGCUUCAUCAUUGUACUGCAAAUCUGUUUUAAAUCAAGAAAUAUUCUUACUCAUUAAAUUAACGAAAGUUGAUCAUGAAUCCGAUACCAAUGCAUGCCUUUUGAGUUUGAAUGGCAAAAGUCAGAGCUCGUCUUUGUUGAACGACCUGAUUGAACAAGAAAUAAAGCCUUAUCUAUUACGAAAAUUCGAAGCCUUAUAAAAAUAAAUAAUUGUUUUAUGCCUGUAAAUGUACCAUUAUUUGUAUCGAGACUAAUUUAAUCGGCGCAACUGGAAAUGGCUAAAUAAUAUCGUGAAUUAAUUUUUUUAAAGAUGCUAUCUUUUAAAUGAAUAUAAUAUAUAUUAUAAGAUAAUUUAUCAUCAUCGCCUUAUACAUUAUAAUUAUAAAUGAAUAUUUUGUAAACAUGAUAAUUUUUAUCUUCUUCAUUAA